UACGUCGUGAGGAACCGAGAAGAGAAGAUGAAGUUUGGUGUGGUUAUUGUGUUGGCAGCGUUUUGCCUGCUGGUGGAGGCUGGCCUGGCCACAACUGCUCGUCCCACACAUAGACGUCCUUACUACAGGAGGACUUCAAUCGGCCGCCAACGAGCAGCUCACCCGCGAGCACGAGUCACCGUCGCCCCUGCCCAGACCACCCUCAGCCCUCAACUGAAGCCCGGCCAUAAGAUCAUCACUGAACUUCCUAAGCCUGAACCAGGGUUCUAUCUCAACCAGCAGUUCCAGUCCGAGAAAGUAGCCAGAACGAGCAAUACUCCUGGAGAAGUUUCACCGAGGGUGUUUGAGUCAAACUUGGGAUCUUUGAAGUUAUACGAAUUUCCUAAACCCCGGCCAGGUUAUUACCUAAACAAACAGUUCCAGAAUAUUAACACUUUGAAGGAGAAAGUUAAGAAGUCUCCAAGAAAAGUUGUAGACAGCAACGGGAAGUACUGGACCGUGGGUGAGCUUCCCAAACCUAAAGCUGAAUAUUAUUUGAACCGUCAAUUCCAGACGAAGCGAGUGUUCCCUCUAAAGGACUCGUCAUAUAAUGCUGACAGCAACGUGGAAACAUUGGAAAUUUUUUUGGUUAAGAAGCAUACCGAAGGACCUACAAUACGUGUUCCAGCUACCAGUCCUCCAGUCCUUACACAGUCCCCAGUCGUCACCUUUCGCCAGGCUACUCGAGGCAAGCCCACAGGAGAGGUCAACUUUUAUACUGUAUUUGGCCAAGAAAAUUCCCGUAACGUUAACAUUAGACAGCAGCAACCCUCUGUACAGCCUCGCCAUCGUCCUCAGCAAGUUGCACAACGAGUGACUGCAUCCUCAAGCAUUAGAUCUAGUUUUGGGUCACCAUCUACACAAGCAAUUGAGAUGCCUGAAGUGAGAACUGGAUUUGGACCUCCAUCGACUAUCACUCAACCACAACAGGAAAGUACUGCUAGGCCAGACACCAGCACCAACAAGAGAACUUUCAUCUUGACAGCACAGCAGCCGACGCGUCAGGGACAACCGAGGAGAGAGCAGGAGCAAACCGUACAGACAGAACAGCUGCAGCCAGGGUUCAGCUGUCAAGGCCAAGAGUAUGGUUAUUAUGCCGACGUGGAGAGCGACUGCCAAGGCUACCACAUUUGUAACCCUGUCAACUUCGGCGGUGGCCUCAUCCAGUACUAUAAAUACAGCUUCGAGUGUAGCCCUGGCAUGAAGUGGGUCCAGCACCAACAAGCCUGUAUCUCAUCUACCGACGCUCCUCCCUGCCAGUAAGGUCACAGUUCCUCCACUACCCCUGUAAUUGUCUGUCGCAACACCGCACUCAAGACUGUCACACCACUGCCCCCCAAAACUGUCGCACCACUGCCCCUAAAACUGUCACAUCACUGCCCCCCAAAACUGUCACAUCACUGCCCCUAAAACUGUCGCACCACUGACCUCAAGACUAUCGACUGUCGCACCACUGCCCCCAAGACUGUCACACCACUGCCCCCAAGACUAUCGCACCACUGCCCGCUGAAUCCGUCCAUCUUAAACUAGUUCCCACUUUUCACUGUUUAUAUAGAAAACAGAUCCACUACAGGCAAACACCGGAAAGGCUAGUUUCUUCAAUGUUUCCAAACACUUAAAUGCGCAUGUGUAACUUUUUGUAAAUGUCUAGGCUAUCAAGUACAGUUUUAAAUGUAUAUUACGAGUAGAAUGUUGGUGAUGAUAAUUUUUUUUUUCAUCUCUCUCUUUCUCUUAUGUUUACCAUCAAAAGAACAAAUUACCUUCAUGACCUUUAUAUAUCAUGUAACAGAAUAACACAAAUUUCUUAUAUCUGAAAUCAUACAAAAUAAAACUAAUAUAAAAAAGUU